AGUGCAAAUCUUGCGAAUGUCAAAUGCGGGGUGAGCAUCUUGGGUGAGCUGACGAUUCCCGAGGACAAGUGCAAGGGUUACCAGCAGCUAAUUGGUGAUGUUGACGAGCUGACCGUGCAAAACACUGCAAACCCCGCGGCCGAGCUGAACACUCCCUUGCCGUUCUUCUUUUGCCAGUCGUGGGGCCAGGCGCUCCCCAUCGUCUCGCUCAUGUUCCACGAGGUGCGUAUCAACUUCCAGCUUGCCACCUUCAACGAGCUCGUCAUUACUGGAAACGGUAUUCCGAUUGCCAACCCGCCUAGCCUUGUGAAUGUUGACCUGUUCAUGACCUACGUCUACCUCGACGGUGUUGAGCGCAAGGUCUUUGCCCAAUCGAGCCACGAGUACCUCGUGCAGCUGUGGCAGUACACUGGCACCGAGUCUGUUGCCUCUAGCAACCCCAAGAUCAAGCUGACGUUCGCUCACCCGGCCAAGGAGAUUAUUUACCCGGCCAGUAAAGUGGCCAAUGUUGACAACUAUGCGAACAGACACUUUGACUACACUGAUUCGGGAACUUCCGGAGACCACUACAACGGCAACGACCCGGUUGUUUCCGCCAAGCUCCUACUGAACACCACCGAGCGUCUGUCGGAACGCAGCUCGGCCUUCUUCUCGACGCUGCAGCCGUACUGGCACCACACCCGCUGCCCCGCACGUGGAAUCGGGCUGUACUCCUUUGCGCUCAACCCUGAGGCCCUGCAGCCCAGUGGCAGUUGUAACUUUUCGCGCCUGGAGAACGUCUCUCGCUCAACUUUUCUCUCGGCACUGGUACCGCCGCUGUCACCUUCUAUAUCAUGGCCCGAGUGUACAACGUAUUACGUGUGUCGGGCUUGGGUGGUUUGGCCUACGCCUCAACCAGGGAUGUGGGCAACCAUCCCUACGCCUCAACCAGGGAUGUGGGAUUUGGUGAGGGAGACAAGAGCUUCCUGGAUCUCAGCGGAUUCGACAGCGCCAUCGAGGUGUGCUAGAUUGUUUGAAGGAAUAAGGGACAUGGCGUGUACAUAUGGGGUUGUAAGGGGAGUAUGCGGGGUCAAGCUCAUCAUGCUCGGCAAAGCGGCUCUUGGGACAUUCAACGAUACGCAAGAUGCGACCGUCUGCGAGCUUUGCGUUUCCGCCCGCCUUCAUUCGGUCCUUAAUGUACUUGCGAUUCUUUUCCUUGCCCAUGCGUUUCCUCAAGUCUGUAGCUGUGCUGGCUUUGGCUACGAGCUUCUCGCCAUGGUAGACGAGAUAGGCGGGCUUUGCGUUGUUGUACAUGGCCGGGAACUGGUCGUGCGCCGUGCUUUCUAGCUGAUCAGCCGCGUCCGCCUCCACAAACUCGACAGGCCAGCGACUCUGUAAUGUUUUUUUGACGACUUGUUCCCUAAUGGCCUCGCAAUUUCGCUGAAGACAUUCUGCAAGCACAGCUACACUCGCAUAUUUCGCGAGCACCGUGCGGUCUGCUCGCGAGUCCGCUGGCGAGUCAGAAUAUACGACUAGCACCGGAGGGCCUGGGCGCUUCAGCACGACUGGUCCAGGGUCAUCAUCGAGCACAAUACGCUUGAUAGAGGCUAACUUCAAGU